AUGGGACGUUUCAAGUAUUUCGUGGGUGCUCACGCCGAGGCGCACAUCUGGUGCCAGGUCACUAUCGAUCUCCUUGCCAAGCAUACAACCUAUUUCGUGCGGGGAAAUGUCAACCGCGCAGAGAGCGACUUCGAAGAAGCACAAGCGGAAUUUUUGCACGCACAACGGGUGUGGCUCAAGGGUAGCCAAAUGCGCAAUCAUCACUUUAUUGGUGCAUGCUUGUACAAGAUCGGCUGCGCAGCCUUGGAUGCAGGCCACGUGGGAUUAUCCGUAAGGCAUCCGGAAGAAUCUCUUGAGAUUGCAGCACUGGAUCAGCAUGUUCUGCAAGGGGACUACGCAAGAGUGCUGUACAAGCUCUCCGUUGCGCUGAGAAGUUGCGGAUUUGAUGACGGGGAGGCCGGGAAGAGAAUGAAAGAGGCACAAGCUAUUGCGUGGACGUGUCUAGGUCUGAAGAAGGAUGCGGCGUUUGUCAACGAGGAGAGGACGUUUGAUGGGCUCGUAUCGCCAGAGUCGGCAGCGCUUUUGGAGCGCCUACCGCUGCCCGACAUGACCGCAACGGCCUCGCUCGACAACGACGUCCGCGGAUGGAUCUUGAGCUUCAUCAGCGGCAUCGCCUGCGUCUUUGGAGCCAGCGUCGUCUGCGUCGAUCUACUUAUCCGGAAGCUGCCGGGCAAGUCCAACUUUCGCAUCCAAGAAAGCAACGUCUUUCUGGCCUGCUCUCUCAGCCUGAGCUUUGGCGUUAUGCUGUUCUCGUCGUUAUAUAGUAUGUUGCCAGAGGCCAAAGGGUACCUCAAAAGCGUGCACUGGGGCGAUCGACCAGCCGGUCUGCUCAUUAUGGCCUGCUUCAUUGGCGGCUUCAUAGGCAUCCAAGCUGUAUCGCGGUUCCUGCACCAACAUAUGCCCUCACAUGUUGUCGACUGUGACCACACUCAUAAUGACUCAUCACCUCUCAACGACGUGGACGGCCAUCAACCUCAUGGCCACAGCCACGCUCACCUUGGCGAGCCCUACAACUCGGCGUCUUCUGCCCUGCCACACAGCAGACGCUCACGCUUGCCCUCCCCCUUUGCGCAAGCGAAUCACCACACACAUACAGAAAAUGGCCUCGCCAUCGACCACGCUAGCGAGACGACGCCGCUGUUACCGACCUCGAAACCCGCCGCCGCACCGUCUCGUGGCCGCGGCCGUGCCAGAACAGAGCAUGUAGACGUCCCCCGGAGACCAUCGAUGCUCGAGGUCCAGAAGCGCGUCAUGUCCUUUGUCAGGGACACCAAAACGAGCUGCGAUGAGGAAGGCUCCUGCUACGGCUACUCUGACCCCUGCGGCCAGGAGUGCUUCAAGCACAUUUCAUACCGCGCCGUCAAGGUUAGCAAAUCACAGACCCGGUUGCGAAGCACCGUGAGCGCUACCCACCCGCCGCAUAUCUCGACAAACCUCGAUCCGGACCUCGACUACGCCGACUCUCUCGUGAGUCCCAUGUACCGCACCAGUCGCGCCACGUCUCGGGAUGCCAUGCUUCGCCCCCCAGUAGAAAGCGUACACGAAGAUGACGAGGGGCAGCAAAGCAACGCAGACGCCCACGAUCAUGUGAGCGAAGCCGGCCACAACCACGCCUCGUGCGCUGCAAGCCACGCCGACGACGUCGAGGCGCAGCAGCACCAUCACCACGUCCCCACCAAUGCAUUCCUCGCCAUUGGCCUGCAAACGUCCAUUGCCAUUACGCUGCACAAGCUGCCCGAGGGCUUUAUAACCUAUGCGACCAACCAUGCCAACCCGCAGCUCGGCUUCAACGUCUUCAUGGCGCUCUUUGUGCACAACAUCACCGAGGGCUUCACCAUGUGCCUGCCGCUCUACAUGGCGCUCGGCUCGCGCUGGAAGGCCAUGGCCUGGUCCGCCCUGCUCGGCGGCCUCUCCCAGCCUUUUGGCGCCGGCAUCGCCGCCCUCUGGUUCAAGCUCGCCAGCAGGACCAGCAUGCAGCCCAACGCCGUCGCCUACGGAUGCCUCUUUGCCGCAACGUCGGGCAUCAUGGUCAGCGUCGCUCUACAGCUGUUUGUCGAGGGCCUCAGCCUCAACCACAACCGCAAUUUGUGCAUGUUUUUCGGGUUUUUAGGCAUGGCGAUUCUGGGACUCUCCAAUGCGCUCUUUGCGGCGCACUAG